GACCACACCCCCUGCCCUCGGCGCCCCCGGGUCCGCCCCGCCUCUCGCGCUCCGAGCGGGCAGUGUGCACAAGAUGGCCUCCGGAGGGCGCCCGCGACGCGGCCCGGGCAGAUCUGGACCUGGGGCUUCACUAUCGCGAGUGGGGCUGAGGAUGAGGCCGAGGGCGGCGGCGGCUCCCGGAGAGGCCCUCCAGCGCUUCCCCGCCAGUCUGCAAGCCUGCCUAACUCAGGGGUACAGGUGAUGCCCUCCCGUGAGACUAAACCUCAGGCCCCAGAAACCUAACCAACCAUGGAUCUGGGUGCUGCCGGGCAGAACUUCUGCAGAUGGGACUGGAGUCCCCAGGCAAGUCGACUUCGAGUGGAUAUAAAGGGAGGGGAGCUGGGGUGGCUGGACCUCACCAGGCCUUGGCUGAGCUCAGAGACUGCAAACAGCUCACGUAGGGGGAGCCUCAGCCUGUGGUCCUCCCUCCCCGCCUGCCUGCCCUACAGUCUUCUGCAUCGCAGCCCCUGGCUCCGCCACUGUGUCGCCAAGGCCUGGCCGAAAAUGCCUUCCUGUAUAUAUGUAUGUGUAUGUAUAUAUGCUAACAUUAUGUAUUUAUUUCUAGCUUAUUUGAAAGGCAGAGAGAGAGAGAGAUCGAUCUUCCCUCUGCUGAUUCACUCCCCAAAUGCCUGCAACAGCCAGGACACAGCCAGGCCAAAGCCAGGAGCCUGGAACUCAAUCCAGUCUCCCACUGUGGGUGGCGGGGACUCAGUGAUUGAAGCCAUCACCUCUGCCCGCCUCCCCCGCCCACCUCAGGGUGUGCACCGGCAGGAAGCUGGAUCGGAAGUGGAGGAACUGGGGCUGGAACUGGACUUGGCUGUGAGGAGGAAAUGCCCGGCACACAUGACCCCUGCACCUGUGCCACGGCUCACACAGGCGAUGCCAUGGGAGACACUGCCUGGUGGGUUCAGCCUCUCAUUUCUGCAUGUGGUGGUGCGCAUGUGUGGAGUUGUCAGAAGAAAGGAAUUGCAAAGUCUUCUUCAUGGACCGAGUCCAAGCCUGUAUAUAACUUGCACCAUGUACACACGGACAUUCACAAAUGUACCCGCCCGGCAAAGGAAGCAGGAUAUGGGAUGUGGUGGGGGUGGGGGGAGAGGGGCACGGGCAAGUGCCAGCAGUUUCCAGAUUGCUGUUUCCAUUCUGAAAUCUGGCUCUGAUUUAAACUCCGAGAGAUCAUUUCAUUUUAUCUUCUACAGAGCUGCGGAGGUGCCCACUGCCCACUCACAGUACAGGUAUACCCCUCACUGUGGUUUGAUUUUUAACUGCUUUUCAUUUGAUUUUUAAAAACAUUUGUUCCUUUAUUUGAAAGGCAGAGUUAUAGAGAGGCAGAGGCAGAGAGAGAGAGAGAGAGACAGAGAGAGAGAGAGAGAGAGAGAGGUGUCUUCCAUCCGCUGGUUCACUCCCCAGAUGGCCGCAGUGGCUGGAGUUGUGCCGAUCCGAAGCCAGGAGCGAGGAGCCAGGAGCUUCUUCUGGGUCUCCAAUGCGGGUGCAGGGGCCCAAGGACUUGGGCCAUCUUUCACUGCUUUCCCAGGCCAUAGCAGAGAGCUGGAUUAGAAGAGGAGCAGCUGGGACUUGAACUGGCAUCCAUAUGGGAUGCCAGCAGUGCAGGUGGCAGCUUUACCCACUAUACCACAGUGACAACCCCUCAUUUAAAAAAUAAUUUACUUAUUUUAAAAAUUUAUUUAUUUACUUAAGAGGCAGAGUACAGACAGGAAAGUCUUCCAUCUGCUGGUUCACUCCCAAAUGUCUGCAAUCGCUGGAGCUGGGCCGAUCUGAAGCCAGGAGCCAGGAGUUUCCUCCGGGUCUCCCAUGUAGGUGCAGGGGCCCAAGCACUUGGGCCAUCUUCUACUGCUUUCCAGGCUAUCAGCAGGGAGCUGGAUCAGAAGUGAAGCGGCUGGGACAUGAACUGGUGCCCAUAUGGGAUGCUGGUGCUGCAGGUGGAUGCUUAACCUACUACGCCACAGGGUAAGCCCCAGAUUUGUUUUGAAAGUCAGAGUUACAGAGAGAUAAAGGGGGGGGGGAGAUCAUCUAUUUGUUUGUUCACUCCCCAAGUGGCUGUAAUGAUCAGAGCUGGGCCAGGCUGAAGCCGGGAGCCAGGAACUUCACUAGCUCUCCCACAUGGCCUAAGUUCUUAGGCCAUCUUCUGUUGCUUUCCCAGGCCAUUAGCAGAGAGCUGGAUCAGAAGUGGAGCAGCUGGGAAUUGAACUAGUGACCGUAUGGGAUGCUGGUGUUGCAGUGGACGGCUUAACUCGCUGCGCUGGCCCCCUCUGCUUUCCAUUUUUUUCUCUUUUCAGUUCCAUUUUUGAAAAGCAAUUAGCUGCAGGCUAUGACAAACUUGUCCUUGGUUUCAACUCAUGGGGUUCUCAAAAUGAUUUAAAAUACUUUCCCAGCCAUGGCAUCACCCCACACCAUCUCUGAAUCACCCACCAGCAGCACUCUAUCUGCCAAUCACUCUAUCACCCAAUUCAACAUCUGUGCUUGGUUCAUUUUGGUGGGGGCAGUGCUCCGUUUGGGGGACAAAUGCGUGGCACAGUCCCUCUGUGUCCCCUGCCCUCACCGCUAGUUGAUGUGAUGUCACAAGGCUUCUCUUGCUUCUACAGCUGCUCUUCUUACAGGAACCUUAGAAUCAUGUGAGACUGAGGCUGGUGACAGAGCACCCUAGCCAACUCUGACCACCUUUUUAAGCAUUUUAUAAACUCACAGACUACUCCAGUUGGACCCAUUAAGGAAAUGGAAAAAUAAAAAACAAUCGACUUGUCUGAGAUCACA